GCUGUCUGCACAACUGCCAAAACGGCAACUCCGGGAGCCUGCCCCUCGGUCCCUUCCUUACUCCCUCUAGUAAUUAAUCCGAAUGUAACCCGUCUCUCCAGGAUGUUAGUGUCACUGCGUGGGAUUUCUAAGAAAGGAGAAGAAAGAUUUUUGCCUUCUGCAGCAUUGUGCUUUGUGACGUGGAGUGUUUGUCAGAGUGUAUUCUAGCAUCCUUUACGGUGGGAUCGUUAAUUUUGGCCACUUCUGAAGUCUUGAAGAAGCUCCCUGUCAAGGAAGAUCAGGAAUAAUAGCCGUCACUGUCAGAGAAUGGACCGUUUGGGUUCCUUUAGCAAUGAUCCAUCUGAUAAGCCCCCUUGCAGAGGCUGCUCCUCCUACCUCAUGGAACCUUACAUUAAGUGUGCUGAAUGUGGGCCUCCUCCUUUCUUCCUAUGUUUGCAGUGUUUCACUCGAGGAUUUGAGUACAAGAAACAUCAGAGUGAUCAUACUUACGAGAUAAUGACCUCAGACUUUCCUGUUCUUGAUCCCAGCUGGACUGCUCAGGAAGAAAUGGCCCUUUUAGAAGCUGUAAUGGACUGUGGCUUUGGAAACUGGCAGGAUGUAGCUAAUCAGAUGUGCACCAAAACCAAAGAGGAAUGUGAGAAGCACUACAUGAAGCAUUUCAUCAAUAACCCUCUGUUUGCAUCCACCCUGCUAACCCUGAAGCAAGCUGAGGCAGCCAAAACUGCUGACACAGCCAUUCCGUUUCACUCUACAGAUGACCCUCCCCGGCCUGCUUUUGACUCAUUGUUGUCUCGGGACAUGGCAGGAUACAUGCCAGCUCGGGCAGAUUUCAUUGAGGAGUUUGACAAUUACGCAGAAUGGGACUUAAGAGACAUUGAUUUUGUUGAAGACGACUCAGACAUCUUACAUGCUCUGAAGAUGGCUGUGGUGGAUAUCUAUCAUUCCAGGUUAAAAGAGAGGCAAAGACGAAAAAAGAUUAUAAGAGAUCAUGGAUUAGUCAACCUUAGAAAGUUCCGGUUAAUGGAACGGCGGUAUCCCAAGGAGGUCCAAGACCUUUAUGAAACAAUGAGGCGAUUUGCAAGGAUUGUGGGACCAGUGGAACAUGACAAGUUCAUUGAAAGCCAUGCAUUGGAAUUUGAACUCCGAAGGGAAAUCAAGAGGCUCCAAGAAUAUAGGACAGCAGGCAUUACCAAUUUUUGUAGUGCCAGGACAUACGACCACCUGAAGAAGACUAGAGAGGAGGAGCGCCUUAAACGUACCAUGCUCUCGGAAGUUCUCCAGUACAUCCAGGACAGUAGUGCGUGCCAGCAGUGGCUCCGCCGGCAGGCUGACAUUGAUUCUGGGCUGAGUCCUUCUGUUCUGACGGCUUCAAACUCAGGAAGACGAAGUGCACCACCUUUGAACCUCACUGGCCUCCCUGGUACAGAGAAGCUCAAUGAAAAAGAAAAGGAGCUCUGCCAGGUGGUGAGGUUGGUACCUGGAGCCUAUUUAGAAUAUAAAUCCGCUCUGUUGAAUGAGUGUAACAAGCAAGGAGGCUUGAGACUGGCACAGGCAAGAGCACUCAUCAAGAUAGACGUGAACAAAACCCGGAAAAUCUAUGACUUCCUCAUCCGAGAGGGAUACAUCACCAAAGCCUGAGUCUCUGCUUAGCAAUGCAAACCAGGAGUUUGGAAUGCGGCGGGUCAAAGGACAGUGCACACACGCUGGAGACUUGGGUUUGAGUUGGAUUCUUAUUGUGAAAAGAAGGAAAGACGCAGGGACUCUACGUGCGUCAGUUUCUGCUCUGCCCUGCUGUAAAGAGCUCCUGUUGUGGGGAUAGUGAUGCAGUGUGUGUGCUCACCUAGUUAUUAUUAAACAUGAGUGGGCAUUCUUUCCUAGCACCUCUUGUAACUCAGACAGGAACCAUAGUACCUCACAUCGUGGCUUUGGUGAAAAUAGAACCAAGCCAAGCCACAGCAUUUCAUCCCAGGAGUCCGGCUCAGAUCCUUGCACUCGAGAGUGAAGCUCGCUGACUCUCUGCCUUCCCAUCGUGCAGAGAGGUUUUAAAUAAAGAGGGCUUUUAAAGCACAGGAAAACCUUUCCUUUCAAGGAUUUUUUUUAAGCUGACAUCUUAGUUUAUGAGCUGAAGAGGUGGAACAUCUCCCGAUGAUGGUCUGCCUCAAGCUGCAUUUUUAACUUUCGUGUCUGGCUUUGUACUUUGCAGUCUGGCUGUCUGAUCUGCAGUAGACUCUUGAGGAGGUGGCACCGGAUAUAAAAUGUCUCUGUUAUUUUUAGAAUUAAUGGAUUAAAAUGUUUUGCUAUUUAA